AUGGAAUCGCUUUCUAGCGCAACAAGCCUUAUUGCAGUCAUCCAAUUAACCCGAGCCAUCACUCGAAUAUGUCGGAGUUACCUCAGUAUCAAUAAAAUUCAAGAACCAAGGGAAUAUAUUCUCGGCCUGAAAGAGGAAAUCGCCGCCCUCUCCGAGACACUUGAACCACUCGAAAGGCAUCUUCACAAGCAAAACCCUACAAAAGCCAGUACUGCCCAAAAUCUGGUCGAGAAUAUCGCCAAAUGCUCUGCAAUUCUCAAAAGUUUAAAGGACAAAAUCGACCCAGAAACAACGCAGACACUGAUGAUGAAAUGGGGAUUCCAGUAUUUGGAAUGGCCAAUGAAAGUUGACGAAGUAACAAAGAUUAUUCGUGAAAUCGAGAGAUACAAAACCUCAUUCUGGUUAUCGUUACUGCUGAACCAAACGCAAUCUACCCAUCUUCUGAUCAACCAGAAGAUAGACCUUAGCCGGUUACACAUCGCCAAAGGCGCGGCCUUUAACGACUACGGAAAUCAACAUACCGAAUGCCUCCCAGGAACCCGGGUGGAGCUACUACGCAAAAUUGAUCACUGGAUCGAGACUCAUAAAGGGAAAUGCAUAUUCUGGCUAACUGGCAUGGCUGGAACAGGAAAGUCAACUGUUGCUCGGACUAUUUCCAGUCGUCUGAAGGAGCAGGGUAUCCUUGGGGCAAGCUUCUUCUUUAAAAAGGGCGAACAAGACCGAGGAAAUGCAAAACUGCUCUUUUCGACGCUGGCGAAACAAUUAGGAGGUACUAUACCUCAGCUUCUUCCCAGCAUCCAAAAUGCAAUUAAGGACGAUCCAGAUAUUUCAGGAAGAGUGCCUAAAGAACAAUUUGAGAAGCUCAUACUGCAGCCACUCAUUUCCCUUAACUCGGGCUCAACUUCAAUCAUGCUGAUCGUGAUUGAUGCACUAGAUGAAUGCGACCAAGUUGAUCAUGUCCGAGACAUUCUCGAACUUCUACCAUAUGUGCAGGAAUCACGCUCAGUACAACUCCGAUUUCUGCUAACAAGCAGACCGGAUCUACCCAUCAGGCUGGGGUUCCAAGGUACUAUAGAUCAUCAUCAACAUCUGAUGAUCCACAAGAUCUCGAGUCCUGUGAUAGAACACGAUAUCAGACUAUAUUUUGAAAAUGAAUUCUUGCGGUUGCAGCAAGAGCGCGACCUCCCGACAAACUGGCCAGGGGUCAGGACGAUAAAUACACUAGUCGAGAGAGCUAUCCCAUCCUUCACUUCCAUCACUACGCUUUUUCGAUUCAUCAGUGACGACCGCUGGAGCGCUACAGAGCGCCUCGAAGUUAUCCUCAGUGACCAAACUAAAUACGUUGCAAAGAUGGAGGGUAUAUAUACUCCCAUAUUAAAUCGACUUCUCUCAAAUGAGAAUGAAGAGGAAUCCCGACAACUGGUACACGGGUUUAAGAAUACAAUCGGAAUUCUCAUUCUUCUUGCUACUCCGUUAUCGGCAAAUUCCCUUGCGAAGCUUCUGAAGAUGGAAACCGACAAAAUCCAGAAACAAUUCAAACUGUUCCACUCGGUCCUUGAUGUUCCUGCCAGGCCAGAUGAGCCGGUCCGGAUCUUACAUAUUUCAUUUCGAGAUUUUAUUCUCGAUAACAAACAGAAAGGAAAGCCAUUCUGGGUAGAUGGGAGAUUGGUGCAUGAGAAACUGACUGUACAAUGCCUCAAGGUCAUGCAAGAUGGUCAUUAUGGACUACGAAAGAAUAUCUGCAACUUGCAAAAUGAUACCACACAGCGAGACAACGUUGAUAAUGAUACUAUCAAUCGCUGCCUACCAUCGGAAUUGCAAUAUGCCUGCCGAUAUUGGGUACAUCACUUGGUACAGAGCCACAGCUCGGCCAAUGAGCUUAGUACUCAUGCUCUCUCAUUUCUUGAAUCACACUUUCUCCAUUGGGUUGAAGCGAUGAGCCUUCUGGGUAUCAUAUCCGAAGUCAUUGAAAUGAUCCAGAGACUACGCUUAGCAAUGCAGGCUGAAAGAGAUCAUGAAAUAUCGGGCUUCUUGCAUGACGCUUGGCAUUUUAUUCUUCGAAAUCAGCAGAUAGCUGACACUGCACCCCUUCAGCUUUACUCAGCAGGGCUGGUGUUUAUUUCAGAAGAUUCUAUAAUCAGGAGAAAUUUCAAAAAUGAAUUAUCAACCUGGAAUCAACUAUCUACAGUUAAAAGAACAUGGAAUGGGCGUUCCAGUUGGCUUAACUUAGUCUCCUUCUCACCGAACGGUCAACUACUGGCGUCCGGCGCAGAUGAUAACACUAUUGAGCUCUGGGAUCCCCGGACGGGCGAACUGCGCCAAACACUCAAGGGCCAUUCCAGUUGGAUUACCUCAGUUGAAUUCUCACCGGACGGUCAAAUGCUGGCGUCUGCCGCCUGUGAUGAUACGGUUAAGCUCUGGGAUCCGCGUACGGGCGAGUUGCGCCAUACGCUCGACGGCCAUUUCAAUGAGGUUCAUAAUGCCACCUUCCUACCGGACGGUCAACUGUUCGGUUCUGGCUUCGAUAACAACACUGUCAUGAGAUGGGAUGCCCGUACGGGUGAGCUGCUCGAGUUAAUCAAAUGA